AUGAGGCCUUCUACUCAGCAGAGACAGCCAUUAAUCGAUGGUGAAACCGACUGGUUCAGCUCCAAGGCGGAUGGGCGGGGGAGUGAUCGGUCGGGCAGGCCGAUCAGCGCGGCAGAUGCCGGGUGGACUAGGAUGGUCAUGGCGGAUGACGAGGGCGUGGCCAUGGCGGCAGCGACGAGCCCUGGAAGGCCAGCCGCAUAA